AUGGCGCCUCGCGAUGAGGCUCUUGAACAAGAACUCUUUGGAAGUGAAAGACAAGACGGUAUUGACUUUUCCAAGUAUGCCAAGAUCCCUGUCAAGGUCGAAAGAGGUGCUGCUCCUCCUCCUAUUAGAAGCUUUGAUGAGGCAGAUCUUCAUCCUGUCAUGAAAGAAAAUGUGAGAUUGGCCAGAUAUACAAACCCUACUCCUGUUCAAACUUAUUCCAUUCCAAUUGUUACAAGCGGAAAGGAUUUGAUGGCUUGUGCCCAGACUGGUUCCGGAAAAACUGCUGCUUUCUUGAUUCCCACCUUGUCUGCUCUCUUUGGUAGAGCUAAAGAACUUCAAAAGCCACGUCCUGCUCCUUAUGAAACACGUAGAUAUCAAGCUGAGCCACUCAUUCUCAUUAUCUGCCCUACUCGUGAACUGUGUUCUCAAAUCUUUGAUGAGUGCAGAAAGUUUACUUACAGAAGUUCUUUGAGACCUUGUGCCGUUUAUGGUGGUGCUGAUACACUUGGUCAAAUUCGUCAACUUGAAAGAGGUUGUGACAUCUUGGCUGCUGCUCCUGGUCGCCUCAUGGACUUUAUUGAACGUGGCAAGAUCAACUUGCAAAGAGUCAAGUACCUUAUUCUUGAUGAAGCCGAUCGCAUGUUGGAUAUGGGUUUCGAAUCUAUUAUCCGUGCUAUCGUUCAAAAGAAGGGCAUGAACCCUGAACAUCAAACCCUUCUUUACUCUGCUACCUUCCCCAGAGCUAUCCGUGCUCUCGCUCGUGAUUUCUUGCGUCCUGACUAUCUCUUCUUGAAGGUCGGUCGUGUCGGUGGUACUUCCACUACUAUUACCCAAAAGGUCAUGUAUGUUCCUGAAGAGAGUAAGAGAGAAACUCUUCGCUCUUUGCUUGAUAAUCUUCCUCCCAGUCGUACUGUCAUUUUUGUUGAAACCAAGCGAAGUGCUGACUCUUUGGAUCAAUACUUGUAUGAACGUAACUUCCCCUCUACCUCUAUUCACGGAGACCGUACCCAAAUGGAAAGAGAAGACGCUCUCUUGGCUUUCAAGGCUGGUAAAUGUCCUCUUUUGGUAGCCACUGCGGUUGCUGCUCGUGGCCUCGAUAUUCACGGCGUCAUGCAUGUUGUCAACUAUGAUAUGCCUAACGACAUGGAUGAAUACAUUCACCGUAUUGGUCGUACUGCCCGUGUCGGUAGAUCUGGUUUGGCUACCUCCUUCUACAACGAAAGAAGUGAACAUCUUGCACCUGAACUUACCAAAUUGCUGAAGGAAUGUCAACAAGAAAUUCCUGAUUUCUUACAACAAUAUGUCACCGAUGAUAUGACCUUUGACGAAGAUCUUGACGACACCCAAGUCGAAGUUCCUAGCUAUGCCGGUCAAGAAUACGUCCCUAUGGAAAGAAACGUUCCUGGUGCACCUCAAGGCUUUAACAAUGCUGAAGGUACCGGUGCUGCUGAUGGAGCCUGGGCAGAUGAUGGUGGACAAUCUGGUGACUGGACUUGUUCUAGCUGCAGUGCUUCCAACUUUGCUCGUCGUUCUGAAUGCUUUAAAUGCCAUACUCCCAAGGAAGGUGGUGAAGGCGGCUUCGGUGGUAAUGGCGGUGCUCGUGCUGGUGACUGGAACUGUCCUAGCUGUGAAGUAAGCAACUAUGCACGUCGUACUGAAUGCUUCAAGUGUGGUGCUAGAAGACCUGAAGGUGCUGGUGGUAGAUUUGGUGGUGGUGAAAGACGUCCACCUCGUGCCAGACGUGAUGGUGACUGGGACUGCUCUGGGUAA